GCGGCGCCGCCCUCCAGGUGCCGGGCGGGGGCCGAGGCCAGCGGCGCUGCGGGGAGAGCAGGCCGGGCCAUGACCCCCGCGGCCCGCGGCUGCAGGCGUGUCGCCUGGUGUCCCGCAAGGCCGCCAGCGUCCGCGCCCAGCGCGCCCCAGAAAGAGGCCUGCAGAGGCGACGCCAUGGGGCUGAAGCCCUCCUGUCUGAAAGGCUUUAAGAUGUGUGUCAGCAGCAGCAGCAACAACCAUGAGGAGGCCCCUGUGCUGAAUGACAAACACCUGAGUGUCCCCAACAUCAUCAUUACACCCCCAACCCCGACGGGCACGGGGCUGUCCAGAGACUCCAAGCAGCCAGUCUGGAUGGAUGAGUUGGGGUGUUAUCAAGAUGAUGGAGAAUUGGAGCCUGAAGCCUGAGAAGUCACCAAGUGGUGGGACCUGUGUGGCAGCUUCUUGCCUCACUGCCUGCCCCUUUCCCCAGAUGUUGGGGACAUGGCUACCUGAGCAGCUGGAUGAGGACUGAGAAUUGGGCCCUGGACCAAGACAGGAGUGGCCAACGGAACACAACAGGGCUCCGGCUCCGGCAGAACAGACAUCUGUCACCUCCAAUAUCUUGCCAAGCCAGACCCCAGCUUAGUGAGGAGGAAGUGACCCUGCCCUAUGGCCACUGUGACCACAGACCCUGGCCCUCAAGGUCACAGCACACAAGGACUUCUCGCCAGAGCAGGGCCUCUGUUUUUUAUAAGUUGUUUUGCAGGUACAGAACCCACGUCCUGAGUGAGAUUUAUAAA